CCAAGAUGGCGACUUCCAGCGCGGUUCUGUCUCUUUCCAAAGCCCUGAACCAAAUACGACUGGGAAACGCGGUGAAGGUGUUUGGAACAGCAGUCUCCAACCAAAGGGAGAAAUCUACAUACACAGGGAAAAGCAUACCUCCCCCUGCCAGAUAUGGUGGCAGACACACGGUUACACUAAUCCCAGGAGACGGGAUUGGACCGGAUCUGCUUAACCAUGUGCGAGAACUUUUUAGGUUCAGUUGCGUUCCUGUGGACUUUGAGGUGGUCAAUGUCAACUCUUCCCUAAAUAACGAGGAUGACAUUAACAAUGCAAUCACAGCUAUUCGUCGUAAUGGAGUUGCUCUUAAAGGUAACAUUGAGACAAACCACACAAUGCCACCUUCUCACAAGUCCAGGAAUAAUCUUCUCCGCACAAGUCUGGACCUGUACGCUAAUGUGAUGCACUGCCAGUCCUUGCCGGGGGUUCAGACCCGCCACAAGAACAUUGACGUCAUCAUCAUUCGAGAAAACACUGAGGGCGAGUACAGCAGCCUGGAGCAUGAGAGUGUACCCGGUGUGGUGGAAUCCUUAAAGAUCAUCACACGGAACAACUCUCUGCGUAUUGCUGAGUACGCAUUCAAGUUGGCCAGAGAGAAAGGACGACGCCGGGUCACAGCUGUCCACAAGGCUAACAUCAUGAAACUGGGCGAUGGCCUCUUUCUCCAGUGCUGUAAAGAGGUGGCCUCUGGAUACCCUGACAUUGCCUUUGACAGCAUGAUUGUAGAUAACACCACUAUGCAGCUUGUGUCCAAGCCCCACCAGUUUGAUGUCAUGGUGAUGCCUAAUCUGUAUGGUAACGUGGUCAGCAACGUGUGCGCCGGGCUAGUGGGUGGACCCGGGCUGGUGCCUGGAGCUAACUAUGGGAACAAUUAUGCUGUUUUUGAGACAGCCACUAGGAACACCGGGAAGAGCAUCGCUGGACGGAACAUAGCCAAUCCCACUGCAAUGCUGCUGGCCGGUUGUCUCAUGCUGGAUCACCUCAGACUUCACGAGUAUGCCAGCAUGAUCCGUAAUGCCAUUUUCACCACCAUGAACGAGACUCAGUUGCAUACCGCAGACAUCGGGGGGCAGGGCACUACCUCGGAGGUGGUACAGUCGAUCAUGAGGAACGUCAAGAGCAGUGGACCUCUCACUUCAGAGCUCUAAUGCUAGAAAUGCCACAAGAGCCAUAAAUGAUUCUCGGAAGUUGGCACUUCAGAGUAUGGAAAGAGGUUCAAGAUUAAGAUAUUUAUGCUUUUUACAGGUUGUAUUGUAGACAUUUAAGUUUGUAUGGAUUCAGCUUGACACACUGGAUGUCCAUCUAGGAUUAAAAUGAUAUUUAUAUGGGGGUAUUGUGCACAGUUAUGGUUUAUAAUGUAAAAAACAUUCCAUUGUUGAGCUACAGGUUAUAUAGUUCCUGUAGCCAUGUCAUCAUUACUGACAUCACAUGGUUUAUUUAAUCAUUAUAUUAUCCAUUGUUCUGUCCCAGUUAUACAGAAUACCCAAGAAACUUUGUGAUAUUAUGUUCCCCAAUUGCAAAUACAAGGACCAUCCAAGUCAAAGCGAGACAUUCAAUUGUGCAGAAUAUAGUACAAGACAUGGGUGUGAGAGUAAAAACUACCUUUAUUUCCCUAUAGUAUAUAAUCCCCUGCUAUACUAAUGCACUGUUAGUACGCUGGAGUCAUGAUCGGACUGCAUGUUUCACAUUAUUAUAACUGCUGAAAAGCUGGCCUCACAGAAACUCCUUUAUUGGCCCAGUCCUUUAACUAAAAAAAACCUUCAUGUUUGAUCACCAAAGGUCUUCUGUUUUUCCAGGACAAUGCACAAGCUCAUACUUCCAUUCAUACGAGCCAUUUACGCAUAUUUGGACCAUUACAGGAGUUCCUGGAAGGCCAGGGUUUUAAAUAUGAAACAGGCAAUGUGAUCAUGGCUCUGGUGUAAUGAGAAAUCUUUCUACCUUAAUGGUAUGGAAGCACUUGUGAAAUUAGUGUAGCAUCGGAUUAUAUAGACAAAUUUAGAAAUUUUUUUUCUCUUAUAACUAUGGUGUUAUUCUGCACAAUUAAAAGUCCUGGUUUUACUUGAACACCCCUCAUUGGAAACCUUGCUGAAAUUAUAUAUUCAAAUCAAAUUCUCAAAAUCGCUAAGUGAUAUUUGCCUUUGUCUCAAUACAUUACUGUUCAUAAGUUCAAUGAUAUGCCUAUCAUUUUAACAGGGUUGAAUUUUUCGCAUGCAUAGCGUAUAGCACAAGUCUUAUUGUAUUUCCAUUCUUACCGACUGUUGCAUCCUGGCCAGAAAAAAAGAGAAUUGUAUUAUUUAACAUGUAUCAGCACUGACAUUUUACUUCAAUAAAAUGGUUGAUAAACGUC